GGGGCGAGGCUCAGCAUGAUGGCGGCCGAGCGUGAGGAGGAGGUUUCGGUUACCUCUGCCAGGAUGGUGGGAGCCUUCGGCGGAGUUGAGCUGGGGCGCUACUCCGUCCUAUGUCGGAGCAAGGAACUGGGGUCGCAGGGCCACUUCCUGGUGGGCUCUGGUGGGGACAACCCAGGUGCUGGCGGUCCGGCUUUGUGCUCGACCCUUGAGCUUCUGGAGCUCAGCUCAGGGCCUACUCCUCUGGCGUCUGGAAGCAGCGGUGCCGUGACGACUGGACAAGGACUGAAGGUAACCGGAGGGACAUUUCCUGAGCCUGGUACCGUCACUUUCUCUCUGCUGCCGCCACAGCCACCUUCCUUGGCGGGGGUGCUGAGGACUGUGGAGGAAAACGACUCACUGGAUGGGCCGGAGUACGAAGAGGAGGAGGUGGCUAUCCCGCUCAACGCUCCCCCAACGAACCAAUGGUAUCAUGGAAAACUCGACAGAGCAAUUGCUGAAGAACGUCUUUGGCAAGCAGGGAAAUCUGGAACUUACCUUAUUCGAGAGAGUGAUCGGAGACCAGGUUCAUUUGUGCUUUCAUUCCUCAGUAAAACAAAUGUCAAUCAUUUUAGGAUUAUUGCCAUGUGUGGGGACUAUUACAUUGGUGGACGUCGCUUUGCUUCGCUCUCAGACCUAAUUGGUUAUUACAGUCAUGUGUCUUGUUUGCUGAAGGGGGAAAAACUAUUCUUUCCAGUAGCACCUCCAGAGCCUGUGGAGGAUAGAAGGAGAGUUCGAGCAAUUCUACCAUACACCAAAGUGCCAGAAACUGAUGAAAUAAGUUUCCUUAAAGGAGACAUGUUUAUUGUCCAUAAUGAAUUGGAAGAUGGCUGGAUGUGGGUUACAAACCUACGGACAGAUGAACAAGGUCUUAUUGUAGAAGACCUGGUAGAAGAAGUUGGAAGAGAAGAAGAUCCCCAUGAAGGCAAAAUAUGGUUCCAUGGGAAGAUCUCCAAACAAGAAGCUUACAAUUUGCUGAUGACAGCUGGUCAGGUGUGCAGUUUUCUUGUAAGACCUUCAGAUAAUACACCUGGUGAUUAUUCACUUUAUUUUCGGACCAGUGAGAAUAUUCAACGUUUUAAAAUAUGCCCAACUUCAAACAAUCAGUUUAUGAUGGGAGGUAGAUAUUAUAACAGUAUUGCUGAGAUCAUUGAACAUUAUAAGAAAGAACAGAUUGUUGAAGGUUAUUACCUUAAAGAUCCUAUUCCAAUGCAGCAUCAAGAACAAGUGCUUAAUAAUACAGUGGACGGAAAAGAAAUCUACAAUACAAUUCGUCACAAAACAAAGGAUGGUUUUUAUAAAAAUAUUGUCAAAAAAGGUUAUCUUCUAAAAAAAAGCAAAGGGAAGAGAUGGAAGAACUUGUAUUUUAUAUUGGAGGGAAAUGAUUCUCAGCUUAUUUAUUUUGAAAGUGAAAAACGAGCCACAAAACCUAAAGGACUAAUAGAUCUUAGUGUGUGUUCAGUCUAUGGAGUACAUGACAGUUUAUUUGGCAGGCCAAACUGUUUUCAGAUAGUAGUUCAGCACUUCAGUGAAGAGCAUUACAUCUUUUACUUUGCAGGAGAAACUCCAGAACAAACACAGGAUUGGAUGAAAGCUCUGCAGAUGUUUUGCAGUUUAAGAAAAAACUGUCCAGGGACAUCAAAUAAACGUCUACGUCAGGUCAACAGUCUUAUUUUGCAUGUAGAAGAAGCUCAUACGCUCCCAGUAAAACAUUUUACUAAUCCGUAUUGUAACAUAUACCUGAACAGUGUCCAGGUUGCAAAAACACAUACCAGGGAAGGGCAGAACCCUGUAUGGUCAGAAGAAUUUGUCUUUGAUGAUCUUUCGUGUGAUAUUAAUAGAUUUGAGAUAAGUCUUAGUAACAAAACAAAGAAAAGUAAAGAUCCAGAUAUAUUGUUUAUGCGUUGCCAAUUAAGCCGAUUACAGAAAGGACAUGCAACAGAUGAGUGGUUUCAACUCAGUUCCUAUAUACCACUAAAGGGUAUUGAGCCUGGAUCUUUGCGUGUUCGAGCACGAUAUUCUAUGGAGAAGAUCAUGCCAGAAGAGGAGUAUAGUGAGUUUAAAGAGAUCAUACUUCAGAAAGAGCUUCAUGUAGUCUAUGCUUUAUCACAUGUUUGUGGACAGGAUAGAACACUCUUAGCUGGCAUUUUAUUGAAGAUUUUUCUUCAUGAAAAGCUCGAGUCUCUAUUGUUACGGUCACUAAAUGACAAGGAAAUAAGUAUGGAAGCUGAAGCUACUACUUUGUUUCGUGCCACCACUUUAGCAAGUACACUUAUGGAGCAGUACAUGAAAGCAACAGCAACGCAUUUUGUUCACCAUGCACUGAAAGACUGUAUAUUAAAGAUAAUGGAGAGCAAGCAGUCCUGUGAGUUAAAUCCCUCAAAAUUAGAAAAAAAUGAAGAUGUAAACACUAAUUUGGCACAUCUACUCAGUAUACUUUCAGAAUUGGUGGAGAAAAUAUUCAUGGCUGCAGAGAUACUGCCACCGACGUUGAGAUAUAUUUACGGAUGUUUGCAGAAGUCUGUUCAAAACAAGUGGCCAACUAAUACCACAAUGAGAACAAGAGUUGUUAGUGGCUUUGUUUUUCUUCGACUGAUUUGUCCUGCUAUACUGAAUCCAAGGAUGUUUAAUAUCAUCUCAGAUUCCCCUUCCCCUACUGCUGCAAGAACGCUGACGCUGGUUGCCAAGUCUGUGCAGAAUUUAGCAAAUCUGGUUGAAUUUGGAGCUAAGGAGCCAUAUAUGGAAGGGGUAAAUCCAUUCAUCAAGAGUAACAAACAUCGCAUGAUCAUGUUCUUAGAUGAACUUGGGAAUGUUCCUGAGCUUCCAGACACUACGGAGCAUUCUAGAACUGACUUAUCUCGUUAUCUGGCAGCCUUGCAUGAGAUGUGUGUUGCACAUUCAGAUGAACUUCGGACACUCAGUAACGAGCGAGGUGUAAUGCAGCAUGUUCUUAAGAAGCUGUUGGCUAUUACAGAACUGCUUCAACAAAAACAAAAUCAGUAUUCGGUGUCUAAUAACAUCAUGUAGCAACCUGAAUUCUGCAUGGAUCCAGCAUGUCUAGCACGGCAGCUCACACCAGUAUCGCCUUGGUUUUUUUGGCUCUUGCCAAAAAUAGAACACCCUGUCAAAUUCCCAGUGAUGUGUGAACUAUACAACCGGAAAGCAAAGGUUAUUUUAGUGAAUCACUGUAACUAGCAGCUUUUUAAGCUAUCUGUGCAGAACAGUUGCACUUUUCCUCUUGGAACCAGCUCUUAAGUACAAUGAAUCUUGAUGUACAGUUUACCUUCUGCAAAGAAAAUGCUGUGACUGUCUUGAAAUUAGAAAAUUACUUUCAGCAUGUCCAAUUGUCAAAGCUUUUCCGUCUUGUUGGAAAAGAAUACACAACUGAAAACAAUGUAUAAUUGGAUUACAUUUCUUAUUGUAAUUUCUGCCUGGUUACAAUUAUGAUGACUUUGACCGUUUCAACCACUUGACAUUCUAUUUACAGUUUGUAGAAUUUGAUGGUCAUGAUAAAAACAAUCUUUGCUGUACACUUUUUAUACUAUGCUGUUUCUCUUGCUGGAAUGUUGCUGAAAGAGAAUUUAAAGAAUGGGUCUUUAAUGUGUAACUGAAUUGGUCUAAAUAAUUCUUCCUACAGUAACUAUAUCCAUCCAUAUAAAUCACAGUGCUUUUAUAAGAUGUCUAUGACAGUAAAUAAUUUUAAUUCAGUGAAUUUAUGAUUGUAUCAGACUUGCAUGCAUCUAUUAAACCAUUUUAUAAAAUA